UCAUUCAACUACCUUCUCAUCCUGUAUUCCUGUCCAACUAAAUAAACCAAAACAAAAUGUCCCAACUAAAACAACGACUUCCAUCAACCUCCAUCAAACAACCAUCUUCCACCUCUAACUCCGAUCAUCAAACCAGCAACAACACAAUCUCCGACGAUCGAAAACCCGAACCACCGCUGCAACCAUCAAUCACUCAACGAGCCUUAACAAGCACAGCUAAUUUAGCAAACUUACUACCAACAGGAACACUCUUAGCCUUCCAACUUCUAACACCAAUCUUCACCAACCACGGACAAUGCGACAUCACAACUCGAUCAUUAACCACCCUUCUCCUCGCACUCCUCGGCAUCUCAUGCUUUCUCGCCUCGUUCACCGAUAGCUUUCGUGCCCCAGAUGGCCGAGUCUACUAUGGUUUUGCUACCUUGAAAGGAAUAUGGUUGUUCGACUACUACACGGACACAGUCGAGGUUGAUCUAGCUAAGUAUAAGCUUAGGUUCAUUGAUUGUGUUCAUGCUGUUUUGUCUAUAAUAGUGUUUGGAGUUGUGAGUUUAAGAGAUAAAAAUGUUGUCAACUGUUUUUACCCAAAACCUACACAGGAAGUUCAGGAAGUUCUUGAUAUAUUGCCACUUGGUGUGGGUGUUAUUUGUAGUUUGCUCUUUGUUGCUUUUCCUACUAGAAGACAUGGUAUUGGUUACCCUGUAACUAAUGCUACUAAAUUUAUGUCUUAGAUCAUUUUUAUUUGUUCAUGAAUGUGGAUCAUGACCCCCCAUGUAUGUUCGUUAGUAUACUAUAUUAUUCUUCAUUCUUGUAAUUUCCUAUUAUUGAAAUUCAGUAUUGACUUUUGAUCUCAAAUAAAUUAUAUUGCAGUGUUCAUUUGUAA